UUGUUUUAACAAUCUUUACAAAUUCAGACAGUACCCAUAUGGCGUUCUCAAAACCAGUUUUUUCCCCUAUCUUCCGUUCUCCAAUUAUUCUUUCAAACAAAAUCACAAGAAUUAGUGCAAAUAAUUCCAAUCAUGGCCUGCCAAUCCCAAGUUCUGCUCAAGCAGCAAGAAGCAGAGUUCUGGAAAAUGAAAUUUUGGAUAACAUUUGCAAUAGACGAUUCAAGAAGUUGACGGAAGCUAAAAAUGCAUUCAGAAAAGUAUUAGAAGAAGAUGAUGAUCAUCUGUCACUUGAAAGUUUAGAAAUGAUUGAUUCAGUCCAGCGUCUUGGCAUCGAAUACCAUUUUCAAGAUGAAAUUAAUGAAGUUUUAGAAAAUCACUAUAAGAAGACAUCUUCUGGUUAUACCCAUCAAAAACAUGAUCUUUCUCAAGUUGCCAUUCGCUUUCGAUUGUUAAGACAGCAAGGCUACUGCGUACCUGCUGAUGUAUUUAAAAAGUUCAAGAACAAGGAAGGAAAGUUCAAGCAAGAAUUAGCCUGUGACAUCAAGGGAUUAAUGGAAUUAUAUGAAGCAUCUCAAUUAAGCGUAGAAGGAGAAGACAUUCUCGAUGAAGCCCGAGUUUUUAGUGGCCCUCUUCUCUCUGCAUCAACAUUGCAUCUUGAUGAUUAUCAAGCUGGAAUUGUUUUAAAUACAUUGAAGAAUCCAUUCCACAAGAACUUAGCAAGAUCAAUGGUUAUAAAGAAUUUAAAAUUAGGCAGCAACAAAUCUGAAGAUGUAUUCAUGGAACUUGCCAAGUUAGAUUUCAACAUGUUUCAAUCCUUUCAUCGAGAUGAAAUUGUUCAUAUUUCCAAAUGGUGGAGAAACAAGUUUGGAUUCGCAGCAGAGAUGAAGUUUGGUAGGGAAGAACCACUUGAAUGGCUCUCAUGGCCUUUGGCAACUCUUGCAGAUCCAAACUUAUCAGCACAAAGAGUAGAGCUAGCUAAAGUCGUUUCGCUUUUCCAUUUAAUACAAGAUGUCUUCUAUUUUUACGGUUCCAUUGAUCAACUCACUCUUUUCGUACAAGCAGUCAAUAGAUGGGAUAUUGCUGCUGCAAAAGACUUACCAGAAUAUAUGAUAAUGUGCUUAAGGGCUCUCUACGAAAUCACCGAUGAAAUUGCUCAUAAAAUAUAUACUGAGUGUGGAUAUAACCCAAAACGCUCACUUCAGAAUGCGUGGAUAAAACUGUGCAAUGCAUUUCUUGGAACAGCCAAAUGGGCGGCUGUUGGGCAGCUGCCAAAGGCUGAAUACUAUCUAAAGAUUGCAAAUGAUACAUCAGCUGUAAAUGUGGUGUUAGUUCACAUCUUCUUUCUACUGGGAGAAGCUUUAACAAUGAAAACGAUAAAUCUUGUUGAUAAUGAUCCUGGAAUCAUAUCUUCUGCAGCAUCCAUUUUUUGUCUCUCUGGUGGCCCAAAAAUUACCAAGGACGAGGAUCGAAAUGGGGGGUCGGGAUCUUACAUGAAAUGCUACAUGAGGCAAUAUCCAUUUUCUUCUGUCCAAGAAGCUAAAAUGCAUACUGUGGAGAUGAUUUCAAAUAAAUGGAAGCAACUGAACAAGCAAUGUCUCUCGCCAAACCCUUUUUCACCAUGUUUCAAUAAGGCUGCUCUUAAUUGUGCAAGAUUGGCUCCUUUAAUGUGUGGCUUUGAUAAUAAUGAAAAUCUUCCAAGCCUCCAAAAACACAUGAAGUCUCUACUUUUUGAGAGAAUUGCAAUUUAGCUAUAGAUAUAGUAUUUGUAUAACAAAUUUUUUUUGGGUAUGUCAAAAGGGAUAUAAUACUUGUUCUA